UAGGCAUUAGGCGUUGCACCUUCUUAACGCUCAGAGCUUUCGUCUCCGCAGCAGGUCUCGCAGAGCACAAGGUACGCGCGAGACAAGAAACACUUCAAGAACUGAGCACAACUGCCAGGUCGUCCGGCACAAAAUGACGUCCCGCUUGGCAUUUGCUGCAAUUUGCAUAGCCCUUCUUGUCACUUCAGAAUGCGCUAGGCUCAAGAGGCAGAACGACGAAGAUGAAACCGAAGAGAAGAGCGUAGAAGAAUUGUGCGAAAACAGGCCUCCUGAUGAGUACUUCCGUCUCACCACUGACGGAGACUGCAGGGAUGUUGUCAGGUGCGACAAAGCUGACGGUAACAUAGGCACACGUUUAGCUGGAGUGCGUUGUCCGACCGGACUCGCCUUUGACAUUGAAAGACAAACUUGUGACUGGAAGACCAAUGUCAAGAACUGUAGACAAGUCGAGAAGCCCCGCAAAAUACUUCCCAAUCUGAAGACGGACGAGCCCAUCUGUCCUGAUGGCAAGCUUAGCUGCGGAAACGGCGAGUGCAUCAACAAGGAUCUCUUCUGUAACGACACCCCCGACUGCAAGGAUGGUUCUGAUGAAAAUUCUUGCUCUGUCGAAACUGACCCCAAUCGCGCCCCUGACUGCGACCAGUCUCAGUGCCAGCUGCCCGACUGCUUCUGUUCUGCUGACGGCACCCGCAUCCCUGGCAGCAUCGAGCCCAACCAGGUGCCCCAGAUGAUCACCCUGACCUUCAACGGCGCCAUCAACAUCGACAACAUCGAUCUGUACGAGGAGAUCUUCAACGGGCAGCGCCAGAACCCCAACGGUUGCCAGAUCAAGGGCACCUUCUUCAUGAACCACAAGUACACCAAUUACUCGGCCGUGCAGGACCUGCAUCGUCGCGGCCACGAAAUCGCUGUCUUCUCGCUCACGCACCGCGACGACCCUAAGUACUGGACCUCUGGUAGCUACGACGACUGGCUGGCCGAGAUGGCCGGCGGCCGCCUUAUCAUCGAGCGCUUCGCUAACAUCUCCGACGGCAGCAUCAUCGGCGUCAGGGCCCCGUACCUGCGCGUCGGCGGCAACAAACAGUUCGAGAUGAUGGCUGAUCAGUUCUUCGUCUACGACGCCUCCAUCACCGCCUCCCUGAGCCGCGUGCCCAUCUGGCCGUACACUCUCUACUUCCGCAUGCCCCACAAGUGCAACGGUAACGCCCAGAACUGCCCCAGCAAGAGCCACCCCGUCUGGGAGAUCGUGAUGAACGAGCUUGAUCGCAGAGACGACCCCUCCUUUGACGAGUCCCUUCCCGGUUGUCACAUGGUCGACUCUUGCUCCAACAUCCAGAGCGGAGACCAAUUUGGCAGACUCCUUCGCCACAAUUUCAACCGCCACUUCAACAGCAACAGGGCUCCUCUUGGUCUUCACUUCACCGCUUCUUGGCUGAAGAGCAAGAAGGAAUACAAGGAGGAACUGAUCAAGUUCAUCGAAGAAAUGCUUGACCGCAACGACGUCUACUUUGUUACCAACCUUCAGGUGAUCCAAUGGAUGCAGAACCCCACCGAGCUGACUGGUCUGCGCGACUUCUCCGAGUGGAAGGAGAAGUGCGAUGUUAAGGGACAGCCUUUCUGUUCUCUGCCCAAUGCUUGCCCCCUGACCACCAGGGAGCUUCCUGGAGAGACCCUGCGACUGUUCACCUGCAUGGAGUGCCCCAACAACUACCCGUGGGUCCUCGAUCCUACUGGCGACGGUUUCAACAAGCGUCGAUAAAUUUACUGGCAAACCUAACCUAACCUAUUACAGAGAGAAAUCUCUCUUUUUGUAAAUAUAUUUUCUGUUUUUCUCCAAAACAACAAAAAGGUUAAGUGAGGAUUUGUUAUUUAAGUAAAUUGACAAAAAUGUGUGCAUCUGUUAACUAUCGACCGAAGAAAGUAGCAAAGUAUGCUUUUUGCAUGAAGGAAAGCAUUGCUUCUUGCUGAAAAAGGAUUGCGAAUUAUAAUUUAUAAUUUGUCGAUUGUCGUCUUCCUUGCCAUUGCCAAAUUAUAAAUAAGGAGCCAGCGCUUCUUAUCCAAUGUGGUGAAGUGCGUGAUAAUAAAAAAAUGUAGACAAAUUGUAA